AUGAAUGGAAUUAUAAUCAUAUCGAGCAAAAUUGGGACUCCCAUUUGGAGUCGGGAAUAUUUUCCUAGUUUUGGACUUGGAAAAUCAUCAUCCUCGGGAGGAUUACAGCAAUUGGUCGAGUCUGAAAUGAAUCAUCAUGGAAUACGAGAUGGCGCUCAGGGAGUUGUGGGAGAUGCUUCUUCAUUGGUCGGAAAAACUCAACACAUUAGUGAGAUGAGCGUGAGUGGCUUGUUGUAUGCUUUGAAAUUAAAUUCGGAAAUGUGUUUUAAGGAAACUGAUCAUGGCAAUGAGGAGGAGGCUAUCCAAGUGGAUCGACAAGAUUCACUCGUUUCCAAAGAACCAAUUCAUAGCAAUGGGAAUGAAUUGCUGCUAAAAAGCUUCACCUUUGACAAUUGCAUCUUGUGCUUUCAUGAAGAGUUCAGCAGCGAUUUGUUUUGUGUGGGUUUUUUUAGAAAAAGCUUUCUAAUGACCAGUGUGGUGGAGUCUUUGGAAUGUGAAGAUCAAGAAGUCGAGUUUGGUCACAAAAUUACAAAAGCUAUUUGUGACAAGUUUUGCAUUCUGUACGGCAAAAAAUUGACAGGGUCUGUCCGUAAGAGUUACAAGGGAUUUAUCCCUCAUCUUUGUGCAAUUUAUCGUCACGUAGUGACCGACAUUUUAGAGCAAACAAUUUCUGAUUGCAUGUCCUAUGAGCUUCAGAUUGAAUGGAUAUAUGCUUGCUAUGACUCAACUUCAAAGCUUAUUAUGCCCAAUGAAACUCUUAUGCCACCUCAUAAUGUGAACACUUCUGAAAAAACACAAAAAUCAAAAAAGAAAAAAUCUGUCGCCAUUAAUCCUCAAAAUCUAAGUGAUCCUUCCUACAUGUCAAGAAUUGGUCCCAUGCAAUGGAUUGUCAGCAAUAAUGCCAUCUCUAAAAAUUUAAAUCAUUCCCAAAUUUACCCUCUCAUUAAUCAGGCCCUAACUAGCUAUUCCAACUCUCUCAAAAUACUUGGACAGGUGGAGCCCUGUUCUGAGUCUCAAAUGAUAAAAGUGAGAUUAACCAAAUCAGACAUUAGCAUGUCUCAUUCUAACACAGAAUACUAUGUUUUCAGAAAGAGCUCAACCUUCCUUUGCUUUUCUCUGCAUUCAAACAUGCUAGAUAGUAAUAUGCAAUAUAUUAUACAGGCACAUUUAGACCGUUUAGACUCAUUUCUGCAAUCCGUGCAGCCUGAUUUGGUUCUAUCCAACUCUCAAUCAAUCAGUAACAUUCUCAAUUGA